AUGGGGAGAUUAGAAGUGCAUGCAGUAGUCAAGGAUAUAAGUUCACGUAUAAAUGUACAUUUUCUUUCAAACAGGUACAGAGAGAGCAUGAAACCAAAUCAAAAACCCGUGGAAGCGUGCAAUCGUCUGAUACCUGGAUACACAGGCUAUGUCCCCCAAAGAUUCUAUAGAAUUGGCACUACUUAUGGAGAUGAUUCAAUGGCAUGUAUGACCUCAUUCCACAAUGCUACUCAAAGGAGCAGAGACGCACAGAAUGAGCUGAGAUACAUAGCAGCCACUACACCCAAACUUCCAUCUAUUUGCUCCAAUGAAGAUGUUUUACAAGCACUUUAUGACUAUAAUUAUAAACACCAUCCUUAUGUGCUAGGUACUGUAAUAACUAAGAGAAGUUUACUAGAGCCCCCUAUUCCUGGUUGGACUGGGUUUGUGCCUAGAGCAAGGGUCACUGAACUGGGAUACGGUGUUCGUUACCAUGAAAUGACAAAAAAUUGCUAUCAGGAUUUUAAGAACUUAAGAGAUCGGGUCUGCUACGAUCCCACCAGCAAUUUACACAGAGGCAAAAUGCUUGAAGUUAAAGUUAGCAAAGUUCCCAACACAUACCAAAGAUUCUACAGGCCUGAAGGGAUGCUGCCAAAAUACAGCGGUCAUAUUCCACAUGAACAUCUUGUCAUUGGGAAAACCUUUGGAAACCUGUGCAGAAGCUGCUCGGUAUGCUCGCACACGGAGGAAUCCUAUGGUGCACAUCUCACUAAGAAACGUAAUGCCACGUUGAAGCUCCCAAAGAACUUGAAAUGUAACAUGAAAAGUUGAAACAUGCGGUGAUUUGGACUUUGGCAAUUGAUUAAAAACUACUCAAAUACUAUCUGAGAUGCGCAUGUCAUUAGGCUUGAUCUUGACACUUAAUGCUAUGUUAUCUGAAACGUGCAGUGUUUUGGAUAAAUUUCACGUGUGAGGUAAAUAUGAAAGUAUGGUUAUAAACCACAGUGUGAUUCAGUAGUUAUGGACUCAGCUAGAUCAGUAUUGCUAAAGCAUUUCCCCUAAUACUCUCUAGCAUAAUUGCUGGCAGCACUUGAAUAUAAUUCAGUUCUUCGGUUUUACUGAAAUAAGGGUAUUGAAUUUUUGGGCUGAAGUGAAAAGCACUGGAAAGAAAAAUGCCAAAGAGCGAAAGGAAUCAGUAACUUCCAGAGUGACCCACUGGAAAGGGCAGGGUACACUUGGCUACACAAACAGGAUUUAAAAUGUAGUUUGAAACAGCAUAUCCCAAACUUUUGGAAGCCGAGUCCCGCUUCAGGAAAAUGAAAGCAAUCACAUCCUUUAACCAACCCCACAUAUCUUCAUUUAUAUACCUUCCACACUCCUCCCCACCAUGGCACAUUCUUCCCGCUGCUUUACCCUUUUGGGAAACACAACCUUAGAAAAAGGGGGGGGGGGAAAUACACCAUCAGA